UCUCUAUCUCACAGACACACAGACACACACACACACACACACACACACGUACACACACGUACAUGCAUGCAUACACUCUCUCUCUCUCUCUCUCUCUCUCUCUCUCGCUCUCUGUCACACUCGGUCCUGUGCAGACUUGAGGAGUCCCGGAGAGGAGAUGAUGAUGCUGCUGCUGGUGAUUCUGUUGGAGCUUAAGUGCUGAUUUUUUUCAUUUUUUCUCUUUUUCUUCUUUUUGAAUUAGAAACUUAAGAGUUUGCGAUGUUGAUGCAACAGCACCUCCUCCCUCUGCAUUGUGUCCGUGUCUCUACCUGCUGCCUGGAAUCAGCCCAUUUCUGGAGGAUUUAAGCGACAGAGAGUGUGCUGUGCCGGCUUCUGUUGCACUGGAUCUUCUUCUUCUUCUUCUUUUUUCUCUCUCCACUAAAGGAUGCUCCCUUCUUUCCCCGGUCUGGAAUAUUACAACUGCACCUACAAAUACUCUCGCCGCUGCUGUUGUCGACUUCUGAGCCCCAGCCAGAUCUCAGUGUGAAGCGCCCCCCGGGUCCCCUAAAGGAUAGAAGAAGCAUGUCAGAGGCUCUCACAUGGAAAUGAGCCGCCUGCUGCCGCUUCUCUCGGGCUACAGCCUCUGAUCCUGACUUGAGAUUAUCGAGAAAAAUAACAGAAAACAAAAAAGGUUUUCCUUUUCUGACAGGCUGACAAAAAUCCUGUGUCACUUUAUUUCCUAUAAGGGAUCAGCAGCUUUCUAAGCAGCUCUGUGGUUUUCUGAUUGGUCCAGGACUGGGUGUCUGACAAAGAGAGGUCGGCGCCGUAUCAUGGAACAGCCUCGUCUUGACGCUAACGCACUCGGAUGUGACGGGAGAGUCAUGUUGGCUGUGAGCGUUUAGAGUCAGCGGGGGAGACAGAGGCGCCGGCGUGACCACAGAGAGGCCUUUCUGCGCUGCGGAUGAACACAGCAGUCGUUGGGGAAAAGGUGAUUAGAGAAAUCCCCCGGACCCAGUCAGAAACCCUGAAUCAGCACACUCAUACACUGAGAUGACCCAGGAACAGUGCACUCAUAGGAACAAUGUCCAGAGUUCAGAGAAACCACAAGUGUACAAAGUGGGAAUAUACGGCUGGAGGAAACGCUGCCUUUACUUCUUCGUCCUGCUGCUGAUGAUCCUGAUCCUGAUCAACUUGGCGCUAACUAUCUGGAUCCUCAAGGUCAUGAACUUCACCAUAGACGGCAUGGGCAAGCUGAGAAUAACGGAGAAGGGCCUGAAACUGGAAGGAGAGUCCGAGUUCCUCCAACCCCUCUAUGCCAAAGAAAUCCAGUCCAAACCAGGUCGUCCGCUGUUACUGCAGUCGUCCAGAAACGUGUCGGUCAACAUCCUCAACAGCAACAACCAGCUGCUGACACAACUCAUCACAGGAUCGAGUGGAAUCAAAGCGCGGGGAAAGAUGUUUGAAGUCAAAUCCACCUCCGGGAAGCUGCUGUUCUCCGCCGACGAGCAGGAGGUGGUGGUGGGCGCCGAGAGGCUCCGAGUGAUGGGGGCCCAAGGAGCCGUGUUCAGCAAAUCACUGGAGACUCCACAUGUCAGGGCCGAGCCGUUUAAAGAGCUGAGGCUGGAGUCUCCCACUCGCUCUCUGCUGAUGGAGGCUCCUAAAGGGAUCCAGAUCCUGGCCGAGGCCGGAGACAUCCAGGCCAUCUGCAGGAACGAGCUGAGACUGGAGUCCAAAGACGGAGAGAUCACGCUGGACGCUCGGAGGAUCCGUCUGAUGCGGCUGCCUGAGGGGAAGGCCUCCAGCAGCUCCUCGUCCUCCGGGACCAGGCAGACCGUCUACGAGGUCUGCGUCUGCCCCAACGGGAGGCUCUUCCUGUCCCAGGCCGGCACCGGAUCCACCUGCCAGAUCAGCAACAACGUCUGCCUCUAGGACCCUGAACGCCGCCCGUACACAUAAAUACACAGAGAUCCUGCAGACGCACACACACACACACACACUCGCUCGUUGGGUGUGGACGAGAGGAUCACAUGUCGCCUCUUUUGGACGGAUUCACAGCAAACACUUCAAAGACUGCCAGAGCUGCUGACCAUGGACACACACUACAAUCACAAACACUCGGACUGAUCGCUAUGGAAACCUUUUGGAUGAAGCUGCUCACAGCUGAUAUUUUGUGCCAAUAUUUCAAUGCUAUUAAAAUAUUUUCUCCCUUACUUUUGUACUUUUCAGAGUGAAAGAACCUCUGAGGCAACAUGGGACACUGAACCCCCCCCACCACCACUGAGCGUUAUACACACUCCUCUAAGCUCUUUCUACUGAACAGGGGGCGGGGCCGGGAGGGGGGGAGGAGGGUAUUUUGAUUUUAAACUGAAUAACAUGAACAGAAGAAAAGUGACACAUUUCAGGUUUUAAAGAGUUUUUAAUACGAGUGAGAUCAGAGAGGGAACGUCAUCGUCAUCCCACUGACACACACACACACACACACACACACACACACACACACACACACACACACACUCAAACACACACACACAC